ACUGUAAGCUGCUUCAGUCUCCAUCCUAUUUGUUCCUUUGACAAACUAGGUUAAUUGAGUUUACAAAAAGAUGCCUCAACUCCUACAAAGCAUCGUCACUGUCAUUGAUCUUUUCUACCAAUAUUCCAUCCAAGACGGGGAGUGUGACAUGUUGAACAAGGCAGAACUAAAAGAACUUUUAGAAAAUGAGUUUCAUCAAAUUCUGAAGAAUCCACAUGAUCCAGACACUGUAGAUAUCAUCCUGCAAAACCUGGAUCAAGAUCGUAACAAAAAAGUAGAUUUUACUGAAUAUCUUCUGAUGAUAUUCAAGUUGGCUCAGGCUUGUAAUAAAAUCAUUGGCAAAGAUUACUGCCAACCUUCAGGGUCAAAACAGAGAGACCAUAGUCACAAGCACCAAAAGGAAGAAAGAGAAACAGAAGAGGACAAAGGACAAGAAUUGUCUUACAUUCAUUCAAGGUGUAGUACAGAAGAGAAUUAUUCCUAUUCCAGGGGCUCCAGCAGAAGCAUUAGACACAGGUCUGGGUCCAGUUCCAGAAGAAUGGGGCAUCAAGAAAGUUUACCUCAUUCUGAGCACAGGCAAAGCUCUGGAGAAAGGAGAGAGUCAAGUCCUGGCCACUUCAAGGACAGUAAGAAAAACAAGCAUGGCUCUCAUCAGCAAGAAAGGUCUGGAAGUGAAGAAGUUGGCUAUACUCAUUCAAGUAACUAUAGAAAAAGAUCAAACUCAGCAAAUCAGUUAGGCACUUGUGGAGAAGAAAGGCAUGUGUGUCACUCAGAGGCUCAGUCUUUCAGUUCUGACCAACACUGGUCUGAAUCAAAUGAAUCCUUAGGGAAUAGACAACACAAAAAGAAAUCAAGCCAGUCUGCUAGUAAGCAGAAUAAUGGAUUCAGCUCAGGAAGUUGUGGAGAACAAGAUUACUGUUCAAAUUUAAAUAAACCCACUGGUUGUGAUCAAGGGUGUGGCUCAGGUAAGCCCUCUCAACAGAGAUGGCAUGAAUCAAAUGCAGAAUCUCAAUCAAGAAACUGUGAGGAACAAGGAUACUAUUCUAAUUCAAAUGAGGUAUCCAGUUAUGGAAAAUAUAGGACAACCUCGGGCCUGUCCUCUAGUCAAAGACAUGACUCCAGCUCAAGAGGUCAAUCAGGGAGCUGGGGGAAACAAAAACAUGGAUCUGGCUCAGGUCGUUCUUCAAGAUACGGACAAUAUGGGUCUGGAUCAGGUCAAUCUUCUGGCUUUGGGCCACAAGGUUCUGGCUUAAGUCAGUCAUCAAGCUAUGGACAACAUGAAUCUGGAUAUGGUCAAUCAUAUGGCUAUGAAAAGCAUGGUUCUACUUUAGGUCAGUCCUCUGGCUUUAGACCACAAACAUCUGGAUCAGGUCACUCGAACUAUAGCCAACACAGGUCAGGCUCAGGACAGUCUUCUAGCUAUGUCCAACAUGGGUCUAGAUCCAGUCAAUCUUCUAGCCAGGGCCAACAUAGCUCUAGAUCCAGCUAUAGUCAACUUAGCUCUGGAUCAGGUCAGUCCUCUGGCUAUGGACAACAUAGAUUUGGCUCAGGUCAAUCUUCCAGCUAUGGUCAACAAGGGUCUGGCUUAAGUCAGUCUAGCUUUAGCCAACAUAGGUCUAGCUCACGUAGAUCUUCUAGCCACAGCCAAUAUGAGUCUGGCUCACAAUGGUCUGGAUAUGGCCAACACAGGACUGGCUCAAGCCGAUCUUCUAGCCACAGCCGACAUGGGUCAGGCUCAGGUCAAUGGUCUAGCCAGGGUCAACAUAGCUCUAUACCAGGUCAGUCUUCCAGCCAUGGCCGACUUAGCUCUGGAUCAAGCCAGUCCUCUGGAUAUGGAUACCAUGGAUCUGGCUCAGGUCAGUCUUCUGGCAUUGAGCUACAUGGGUCUGGCUUAGGUCAAUCUUCUAGUUAUGAACAAAAUAUUUCUACUACAGGACAAUCAUCAGGCUGUGGACACCAUGGAUCUGGCUCAGGUCAGUUUUCUAGCUAUGGUCAACAUGAAUGUCGCUCAAGUCAGUCAUCUAAUUAUGGCCAACAUAGGUCUGGUUCAGGCCAAGCUUUUAGCCAUGGCCAACUUGAGCCCAGAUCAAGUCAAUCUUCAAGGGAUGGCCAACACGGGACUAUAUCAAGUCAGUCUUCUGGCUUUGGGCAACAUGCAUCUGGCUCAGGAGAAUCUUCUGGAUUUAGUCAGCAUAGAUCUGGCUUAGGUCAGUCCUCUAGCUAUGGGCACCAUGGUUCUACUUUAGGACAGUCAUCAAGCUGUGGUCAACACAGCUGUAGCUUGGAUCAGUCUCCCAGCUAUGGUCAGCAUGGGUCAGGCUCAGGUCAGCCUUCUGGCUCUGGUCAGCCUUGGUCUGGUUCAGGUCAGUCACCAAGCUGCAGACAGCAUGAGUCUGGAUAUGGUCAAUCUUCCAUCCCUAGAAAACAUAGUUCUGUUUCAGGUCAAUCUAGCCAUGGCCAACACAGGUCUAGCUCAGGUCAGUCUUCUAGGUCUGGUCAUCAUGAAUCUGGCUCAAGUCAAUAUUCUAGCUACAGUCAACAUGAGUGUGGAUCAGGUCAAUCUUCUGGCUUUAGUCAGCAUGGAUCUGGCUUAAGUCAAGCCUCUGGCUAUGGACAUGGUUCUGCUUUAGGACAGUUACCAAGCCAAGGUCAGUACACAUCUGGUUCAGGCCAACUGCCCAACUAUGGCCAACAUGGAUCUGGAUCAUGUGAGUCUUCCAGCUAUGGCCAACACAGGUCUGGCUCAAGUCAAUCUUCCGGCUAUAGCCAAUAUGGGUCUGGCUCCAGUCAGUCUUCUUGUCAUGGCCAAUCUGAGUCUGGACAGAGUCAGUCUUCUAGCUAUGGUCAACACAGAUCUGCCUCAAGUCAGUGUUCUAGCCAUAACCAGCAUGGGGCUGGCUUGGGUCAGUGUUCUAGCUCUGAACAAUAUGGGUCUGGCCAAUGUCAAUCAUCUAGUUCUGGACAAUGUGGUUCUAGAUCUGGUCAGUAUUCUACUUAUGAGCAACAUGAAUUACAAGGGACAGGUAGGUCAAGUUCAAGUGGAAAUCACGAUGAGUACAGUAGACUCAAAAUAGGCUCAAGCCCCAAUCAAUCUAGAAGAAAUAGCCAGGAAUUAUCACUGUAUGGCCAAAAAGAAAUAAGUAGAGAUUAUGGCCUAUCAGAUGGUGAGUCUGAUGGGUAUGAGAGUGCUCAUGGACAAUCAAGAACUUGUAAGCACCAAAGCCAAGGAUGGAGCCAGGGUCAGUGGGAAUCUGGCUAUAGCCACUCAAAUUGUAAUGAAAGGCAAUCAAGAAGCAAUUAUUAACAACUAGAAAGCUCCUCAACUUGUGGCUUUGGACAAUUUACACCCUCCUCUGGAUAGUCCAGACUCAACACUACCAACACAUCAUUAAUCUGAAAGGAGGAUAAUAGACAAAGUAACUACCUCUCUCAGAGAGGAGGAGGUAAAUGUGGAGGGGGAAGUACCAACUUAAGUUCCCACAUAGUAGCUCUCCACUCUGUGAAUAUGUCCAAGAGCAGAGAUACUAAUUCUAGGGAUAAAUAAUAAAUAGAAAUGAAAUUAACUCAAGUAGCAAUGUAAGAAAUACAGACAAGCAAUUCAUUAUGAGACUUCUUUAUAAAAGUGGAUAUAUGUAUUUCUAUAUUUUUCUUUUAAAUAUGUAACUGCCCUCUAUUCCUUGCUACUGAGUUCCUUCCAAAAAAUACAGGGUAUGUGGGUUACUUUGUUAGGAACUACUGAGUUGAAUGGGACUAAAUCUGGAAGAAUAAUGAAAAGCAUUUAAGAAUUGGGGUUUAGGUGAGGUGUCUUUUGGGGAGCUCAUUGCUCAUUAUAUGAUGGCAAAGCUAAGCCUUCAUCUCUAGAGAGCAAAAAUGUAUUAAAUGCACUACCAGUUUUGGAGCCAAAGCCUCCUUACAGCAACAUGGACCAUAAUUUUUGGUGUGCUCCACAUUAGAUGGUGGCAGAAGGGAGGAAGCUCUAAAGGUAAAGAUGCAGCAUUGGUAAUUUAUUUGCUUUUAAAACCACCAAGCCUGUAUUCUUGAAUGCAUCUGUAAUAAAUCAGUAAACUGACAGACAUUAAAAAGUGGCACCAGGUGCUUCUCCCUAGCUGGUGAGGGAGAACUUUAUUUCAAAAGAACAGGGAUGGAUCAGUUCAGGAUUAAAGGAUCCAAAUGUGGACUUGAUUUCAGCACACAAGACCUUGACCCCUACCCCUAAGAAUUUACUCCAGGUUGAAAAACUUUUUGAGAGCAAAAGUAUGGAAAUACAAUGGCUCCAACCUACUUUUGUAGUUCACUGGCCUUUCCACAUAGAAAAACAUCACUUAUUCCUAGAAAGAAAAGAGGACUGUCUUCCAUUGCUGUAUAGUUCCUCAGUUUAACUGUAACAUAUAUUUCAAGUCUUUGGGUUCAAAUAACUGGACUGCAUUAAAUUUGACAAUAAAUAAUGGUGAUCAAAUACU